UUGAAUUAUUGAAUAACUAUUUUCCAGCUUUAUUAAUGAGUGACCAAUCUUUAGUAUUACAUCAGAGCACAAGGGAAAAUAUGUUUCCUGAGGAGAAUGGAGAACCCUAUCUUGAAAUCAUAGAAAACCCGAAAUCGCGAGGUUUUCGCUUUAGAUACACAUGUGAAGGUCCGUCACACGGUGGCAUUCCUGGAGGGAGCAGCGAUAAAAACAAAAAGACAUUUCCAGCAGUAAAAAUCUGCAACUACCAAGGUUACGCACGAAUUGUUGUGCAGUUGGUAACGAAUGAAGAAAAUCCCCGCCUGCACCCGCAUUCGCUCGUGGGGAAACAAUGCCAGAAUGGUAUUUGUACUGUGCAGUGUGGGCCAAAGGACAUGACUGCCACUUUCCCCAAUCUUGGCAUACAGCAUGUGACGAAGAAGAAUGUUGCGACCAUCUUGGAGGAAAGGUACAUAGCAGCAGAGAUGCAGCUUAGCUCAAUCAAUGAUGGAUUUCCACAGGAGGUUCAAAGAAACAUUAAAGAUGAAGACCGAAAGCGGAUCGCAGCAAAAGCUCAGAGUGAAGCGAAGUCAAUUGAUCUUUCUGUUGUGCGUCUCAUGUUCAUUGCUUACCUACCUGACAGCAAUGGGGCUUUCACAAUCAUGCUUAAACCUGUCAUUUCAGAUGCUAUUUUUGACAGCAAGGCUCCAAACGCAGCCACACUAAAGAUUUGUCGCAUGGAUUGCAACGCAGGGAGCGCUAGUGGGGGGGAUGAGGUUUACUUGCUGUGCGACAAAGUACAAAAAGAUGACAUCCAAGUCGUGUUCAGUGAAGAAGACAUGCAAGGCAACAACUUAUGGGAGGCUUAUGGUAGUUUCUCACCAACUGAUGUACACAGGCAGUUUGCUAUUGUGUUUAGGACACCAGCUUAUAAAGAUACCGAAAUAAAAAUGCCAGUCAAUGUUCAGGUUCAGCUCCGUCGCAAAUCAGACAAUGAAGUUUCGGAGUCAAGACCAUUCACAUAUCUUCCAAACAAGUCUGAUCUGGAACUGAUCGACAGAAAGAGAAGGAAAGUGAUGCCAGAUUUUCUUGACCACACCGGAAAUGGAAGCACUGGAGGUUAUUCAUUCAACCCACAAGCUGCUAUCCUUCCAAGCUCCUACAACUUCUCCGGCAACACUGGUAGCGGCAACACUGCAGGCAACGGGGCAGGUAAAGUAAAGGAAGCACGCCGACCCCCACAAAAGCAACAGAACCCACAGAAAGGGCCAGUUGAUCCUUCUGUACUCAUGAAGCUUAAAAGAAUCAAAACAGAGCCGAAAAGUCCAUCACCCCCAACUACCUAUUCAAAUUUCCCACCAAUUGCCUACAUGAGCCCAGCCAAGUCUGAGCCCUCGCCACCUGCCCCAAUGAGCAUUGGUGGGUCUCCUGCAGCUCAAGUACCCCAGGAAGAGGAAUAUCUACCAGGAACUCGAAUCCCAUUGCCCAAGAAUGCUCGUCCACAUACUGGACUACCACAGAUGAGUUUCCAAAAUCCAAUUGUGCUUUCCCAACAACAACAAAUGCAACAACAACAGAUUCAACAACAACAACAACAACAACAACAUCUUCAACAAAUUCAACAGCAACAAGCAUAUUCAAACUACAGCCCCAUGUAUUCCACCACAUAUGGGCUGGACAACACUCAACACAUGGUGUACAGUACACCCUCACCUGACUAUGGCCAACAGAUCAUCCAGCAGUUAAGCCCACAGGAAGUCCAAGAAUAUGAGGAGACGGUGAUGAAUGAGCUGUCAACAGUUGACGCGGGUGACUUAGUCGACAUAAUGAACGUCGAUCUCAACCACAACCCAAUGCCGCAAACUACCAACAGUAACAUUAUCAACCAAGCUUAUGAUCAAGCCAACAUCCUUACACAGACAAACAACACUUAUGGUGGAGGAAGUGGAAGUUUCCGAGGAUCAGUGGUUGAUCCCAUCAUCCCUCAACCUCUUUCAAACGCUCCUCUUCCUAUAUUGAGUCAACAGUUUAGUCAACAGUUGUUGGAGCUGACGGAAUAUGAUUUGGCCGACAUUGAAUCAGAUGCAGGAGCCGAACGGAAACCAAAGCCAGGCAACAACAAUGAUGAUGAACAGGAAGAGGAUUACGCCUCUGCUUAUUGUGAGGAACAAGACACCACUGACUCAACAGCUCAUGAAGCAGAACCCAAAAGCUUUUCCACCGUUCAAUCUGAUUGUUGCAAUGUGGAAGCUGAUGCAGCGAUGUUAAAAAUGGAAAAACUAUCUCUGGCGCCAUCUAUGCCCACAAAGUUAGACUCGCUUAAGCCUGAAAAGAAAUUUGAUUCUAAACAAGUGGAAACCAAAACAAAGGGUCCUUUGAAACGACCUGUCACAUCAACAACUGCCUCAGUGACUCAAGCCUUGGAAAAAUACGCUGUAAAAACAAUGAACAGAAAUUCAUCUGCUUUGCACGAUUUCUCGGUGACAGGAGAUAUCAGAAUGCUCCUUGUUCUACAGCGCCACCUAACGGAUGUUCGUGACUGCAACGGCGACUCUGUCCUCCACGUAGCAGUUAUCCAUGAUCAGAUGCAGGUCCUCUCUUCGCUCCUGGAUGUGAUCGUUACACUGAAUAACAAGCAGAACAUCAUUGAUGCGGUCAACCCGCAGAAGCAAACUGCUCUACAGAUGGCGGUGCUUAGUGAUAAUGUGGAUGCUGUUAUUGAUCUUCUUAAAGUUGGCGCGGAUCCACUCGUACUUGACAGUUACGGCAACCACUCCAUUCAUGUCGCUUGUCGUCACGGAAACGCCGACAUUCUAAAUCGACUACUAAACUGUAAACAAGUUUAUGACAUGGAAAUGGAUACGAAGAAUUUCGACGGUCUUGGGUGUUUCCACCUUGCAGGAAAGGCAAGUUCAGGAACUCGUCAAUGCCUCGGUUUGCUCCGAGAAUUUGCAUUUGACGUCAACAUGCCGGACAUGAAGAGCCGACGUACAGCUUUGCACAUGGCUGUUGAAGCCGACAACAUCGUGGUGGCUGGCUGUCUUAUCUCAGAGUGUGAUGCGGACUUGGAAGCUUCAACAUAUGAAGGUUACACUCCUCUUCAUGUUGCUGCAUCCCUGGAUCACUGUGAGAUCGCUACUCUGCUCCUCGCAUGCGGAGCUGAUCCGGAGGCGAGCUCCGCUCCUCCGGGAAGGGAGGAUGGAAUGACUCCUCUUGAUCUUGCAACUUCCGAUCAGAUGAGAGAUCUUCUCAAUGGUGUGUUCAUGAAAAAUAUAAAAGAAGAACUUGACAACUCCAACUACAGUGAUGAAGAAGACCUUGCUACACUUGACCCAUUGAUUAGACUGAAGCUGUGUAAGCUUCUCAAUCUGGAAAAAUCCGGUUCUGACUGGUAUGCUCUAGCUAGCCGGUUGUCUCUUGACUACAUUGUUUCCUUUAUUGACACAACAGAAAAUCCCACUGACUUGCUGCUAGAUAACUACAUGUUUAAGCACGGCACGGUUGCUGGCUUACGAUCAGCGCUUAUGAACAUUGGAAGACAUGAUGCAGUUCAACUUCUAAACAGAGCAGCAACAACAACAUGCAAUGACAAGUUCGACAGCAAUGCUACAGAACAAUGCGACAGUGCAUUCGGCAGCUUGCCCAACCAAAUCGACGUUAUUUGAGCUGCCAAGUUUCAGCAUAUAUAGUGUGGCGACGGCACAGACAAUUUAUUUUACGUUUUAUUUCUUUUAUCCAGUCUUUUUCGUGUACAGAGUAACCGGCCAGUCAUCAACCUAAAUGGACUGAUAUUUAUCGUGUUUUGGACUUUUUCAAGUCCUGAAUUAAAGUAAAAAGCUCGAACGCCAAUAUAAAAAUGCUCCUUUGCUGUCUGUAUAAAAUUCUCCCGUUCCGCGCUUGAUUUUUUUUCUGUUUCAUUCGUUUGAUUUUAUUUUUUUAGCUCAGCCGCAUCGAUUUACAAUAAGGCCGCGUUUUUUCCCACAUAGAGUGAUAUCUGUACAGUUUUUGAGCGAAACGGGCUAAAUUGGGUGCCCACUUCUAUAAUGUUUUAUUUUCCACGUAUUGUUAGGAGCGAUCGUCAAGCUCCCCAUGUUACCACUUCGUGUAACUUUAAUUAGAAAUGUAAAUAAAAUGUAUUAGAAACCAA